UCUGUGGUUUAGUCACAUGACACGGUCAGGAAGAAAUUCAGACCGAGUGGUACUUGUCAUACAGCUUUUUAGUUUUUCUGAGACGUUGUUUACAAUCCACAUUCGUUGGUGGGCGUAAGAAGGAUAUUUACAGAAACAUUUGCUGCCCUCUGAUAUGGUUCAUGUCAUAGCCAAAGCAUGCUGCAUUGUUAAUGGCUGAACUAUGAAGGCACAACUUCAAGUCACUGUUCUGUCGGCCAAACUGAAGGAGAACAAAAAGAACUGGUUUGGCCCCAGUCCGUACGUGGAGGUGGCUGUGGACGACCAGUCGAAGAAGACAGAGAAAUGCAGCAACACCCACACCCCCAAAUGGAAGCAGUCACUCACAGUAAUUGUCACACCUUUCAGUAAGCUCAUUUUCCGGGUAUGGAGUCAUCAGACGCUGAAGGCAGACUUCCUAUUGGGCGUGGCCACAUUGGACAUGAGUGAAACCCUCAAGUCCAAUGAUAUGAAACUCUCUGAGGUGGUGCAGAUCUUACAGCUGUGUUCAGACCACGACAACACAGACGUGGUGGGAGACCUGUCCAUCUGUCUGGAUGGCGUGCAGGUGGACCCAGAGACCUUUGCUUCUGCAGAGAGGGACCAUGCAGCUACUGCUCCCAACAGGGACGUGAGGCAGAACGAAGAUGGAGGCAACAGGUCCAGCAGAGACACGUCACCUUCCAGUGACUCUACAGAGGACUGGGUGAUCAUCCCCAAUGGCCACGAGAUCAACUGCACGGGGUCUCCCGCCCCAUCCCCAGUGGGCUCCAAGUCCACACGCCCACCCAGACCUGCUCGUCCUCCUCCACCCACCCCUCGCAGACCAGCCGCCUCCCCAGCGUCCUCUAGCAGCUCCACUCCCAGUGACGUGAGCGAGCCCCCGGCUUCAGACGGCUCCUCCUCAGACCCCCCUCCGGAGAACGGCGCAGAACCCCCACCCCCACAGGCAGCCAGCACCAGCGGCCCGGAAGCCAUUGGGGCACCGCCAGCCGAAGGGCUACCCCAACUCGGCCCUGUCAGCAACGGCCCACUGCCACCGGGCUGGGAGCAGAGGGUGGACCAGAAUGGGCGCAUGUAUUACGUGGAUCACAUUGAAAAGAGGACGUCAUGGAACCGACCCGAUUCUCUCCCCUCUGGGUGGGAGCGGCGAGUGGACCCAAUGGGCAGGGUGUACUUCGUGGACCACAUCAGCCGGACCACCACGUGGCAGCGCCCUACGCAGGAGUCGGUGCGUAACUUUGAGGAGUGGCAGCACCAGCGCAGCCAGCUGCAGGCCAUGCAGCAGUUCAACCAGAGGUUCAUAUUCGGGCUCCAGGAUCAGCAAAUAGCCGCAGCAAACAAAGAGUUUGACCCGCUUGGGCCGCUGCCACAUGGCUGGGAGAAGCGAACAGACACCAACGGCAGGGUAUAUUUUGUUCACCACACAUCGCGGAUGACCCAGUGGGAGGACCCACGGACGCAAGGGCUGCUUAAUGACAAGCCUCUACCUGAAGGCUGGGAGAUGAGGUUCACUGUGGACGGCAUCCCCUACUUUGUGGACCACAACAGGAGAACCACCACCUACAUCGACCCUCGCACAGGCAAAUCCUCCCUUGAGAAUGGGCCUCAGAUCACCUACGUCAGGGACUUCAAAGCCAAAGUGCAGUACUUCAGGUUCUGGUGCCAGCAACUGUCAAUGCCACAGCACAUCAAGAUCACCGUCACCCGCAAAACCCUCUUUGAGGAUUCAUUCCAGCAAAUAAUGAGCUUUCAUCCACAAGAUCUCAGACGGAGGCUGUGGAUAAUAUUCCCCGGAGAGGAAGGCUUGGACUACGGAGGAGUGGCAAGGGAGUGGUUCUUCCUGCUGUCUCAUGAGGUGCUGAACCCCAUGUACUGCCUGUUUGAGUACGCUGGGAAGGACAACUACUGUCUCCAGAUCAACCCUGCCUCUUACAUCAACCCCGACCACCUCAAGUACUUCAAGUUCAUCGGACGCUUCAUCGCCAUGUCCUUGUUCCAUGGGAAGUUCAUCGAUACGGGAUUCUCCCUGCCCUUCUACAAGCGCAUCCUGAACAAGCCCCUGGCCCUAAAGGACCUGGAAUCCAUUGACACGGAAUUCUACAACUCCCUCAUCUGGAUCAAGGAUAACAACCUGGAGGAGUGUGGUCUGGAGAUGUUCUUCUCUGUGGACAAGGAGAUCCUGGGGGAGGUUACUACUCACGAGCUGAAGCCGGACGGAGGCAACGUACUGGUCACUGAGGAGAACAAAGAGGAAUACAUCAGGCUGGUGGCAGAGUGGAGGUUGUCCAGAGGGGUGGAGGAGCAGACCCAGGCCUUCUUCGAGGGCUUCAACGAGGUCCUCCCCCAGCAGUACCUGCAGUACUUUGACGCUAAGGAACUGGAGGUGAUGCUGUGUGGCAUGCAGGAGAUAGACCUGGUGGACUGGCAGAGGCACACCAUCUACAGACACUAUGCUCGCAGCAGCAAGCAGAUCCUCUGGUUCUGGCAGUUUGUGAAGGAGAUGGACAACGAGAAACGCAUGAGGCUGCUACAGUUUGUCACUGGCACCUGUCGGCUCCCCAUGGGUGGCUUCGCUGACCUUAUGGGGAGUAAUGGACCACAGAAGUUCUGCAUCGAGAAGGUGGGCAAAGAAAACUGGCUUCCAAGAAGUCACACUUGCUUUAAUCGACUGGACCUGCCCCCCUACAAGAGCUACGAGCAACUGAAGGAGAAGCUGAUGUUUGCCAUCGAGGAAACUGAGGGCUUCGGACAGGAGUAGUAACACAGCCUAUACGGCCACCAUGAGGAGCCGUUCUCCACGCACUUUGAUCUGUCUAGGUUUCAGGCAGCUGCACUUUUUCCCCCAGGUCCUGGCUCUCUUGAGAUGGACAGGCACUAACAGACGCGUCCCUUUCUGCCACGUUAUACAGACCCCCAAAGUCAUUACACCUGAGGUGGAAUCACUGUCUCCAUGGUGACGACCCUUCAUACUGAAUGAUUCCGCUUUCACCCCCUGACCUGUGUAACCCUGUUGAAGCUUGCCUUAAUUAUUCUGCCUAAUCAGACCACGUGUCCGGAAAGAGAGAGAGGAAGGGGAGGGGAUAUUCCCUCCCCAUGUCACAUCUGCCUGUCACCUCUUCACCACAGUAGUUAAUAAUCACGGAAGAUAUUCACUACAAUGUCAGCUGUUUCAUUUCUUCCCCUUCGUCUCCCUGACUGUUGAGUGUAUGAAUGAAUGUUAGAAUUGUGUGCAGCUGACUCUUCCAAAAAAGUCCCGUUGUCAAUUUGUGACAUUUAGAGUGUUUUAGUUGAUUUAACAUGUUGCUUUCCAGAUGAAAUAUUGAAUCUUAAGACAUUUACUUUGCUGGUACACCACGGUUGUGGUGGUAAGGGUUUUUGUGAAUGUUAUGAUGAAAAGCUUUAUUUUUGGCGUGCAAUAGUUUUACAGUCAGAUGUUUAUGCCCUUUAUAUAGAUAAACCAGACGUUCAUUAAUUACCUCAAU